AUGGUGGGCACCGCUUCCGAAUGGGCUCAUGCCGCCCUCGACCCAAACACCCACCUGCUUCCCGCCAUCCGCUCCUUCUACCCCGCGUUCACCGCCUACUUCCGCAACGCCAACACGCUCACCAACCUCGCCACCUACAAGGCCUACUAUGCGGACGCCGACCCCUUCCACUCUGCCAUGGCGUUCUGCGGCGUCGUCAGCUUCUACGUGUGGAUCAUGGAGAAGAUCACCGGCAACGCUUCCCAGGUCGACGGUCUCUGGACCUUCCUGCCCCUCAUCUACUCGGUCCACUUUACCGUGCACAAGUACUUUACCUACCAGCCCGCAAAGCUGAGUCUCUUCCGAGGCGUCGAGCACGCUUCCAUCUGGGACAAGAUCGAGCCUAGGCUGGCGCUCAUGACCACACUUUCCGUGAUCUGGUCCGUCAGGCUCACCUACAACGCCUACCGCAGGGGCAUGUUCAAGCCCGGUGAGGAGGACUACCGAUGGCCUCUGCUGCGCAAGACCAUGUCCCGCCCUGUCUGGGAGAUUUUUUCGAUCUUCUUCAUCGCUAUCGCCCAGAACAUCCUGCUGGCCAUCACUGCACUGCCCAACUACCUGCUGCUCACCACCACUUCGGUCAAGCACGUCACCGAGCCCGUGCCGCACCCCGUCAACAAGCUCAUCCUCGGCGAUUACAUCCUCGCCGCGCUGUUUGUGCUCAACCUCACCACCCAGUUCAUCGCCGAUCAGCAGCAGUGGAACUACCAGAACUACAAGCGGGGAAAGAACCCACAGGAGAAGCCGCUUCCCAACGCCUUCGUCGACCCGGAGACCAAGCUUCCGCUCCAGAGGCAAAACGUCACUCCUUACUCUACGCCCGAGGACGCUCAGCGUGGAUUCGUUACCAAAGGUCUUUGGGCCUGGAGUCGUCACCCCAACUUUGCGUGCGAACAGACCACCUGGUGGAUCCUGUACGCCUUUGUGCCCCUGACCUUCCUCCCCACCGACUUCGAUUUUACGAAAGCCCACUGGUCCAACUUUGCCAACUACGCCAUCCUGGCUCCUCUCGCCAUGAACGCGCUGUUUUUGCCUAGCACGAGGUACUCGGAACAGGUGUCGGCGGAAAAGUACCCCAAGUACAGGGAUUACCAGAAGAGGGUGGGUAUGUUCUUGCCCGUGGAUACGCUGUUGCGAAGCGUGUACUACAAGGUGUUGGCGGGUAAGGAGGAGAAGAGGAGGGUGGAGGCGAAUGUUUGGGGUAAGAGUGUGAGCAGGAAGAACAAGAGCCAGUAA